AUGCCUCAAGCCCCGGCACACGCUGCAUUCCCGCUCUACCGACCAGCGCGCGCGGGCGACCCGGAGGACGUGCGCCAGCAGUUUGCGCAGUGGCAGUGCGAGCUUGAGAGGUGCUCGGGCGAGGUGGCAACGAACGAGCAGGCCGAGGAGGAGCGUAGAGGCAUCAUGUUACUCGCGGCACGGUGCCUCGCCGGCCUCGAGACGGGCCUCGUCGGGCGGGAUCUCGCGGCCGAGCCAACUCACGAGGCCAAGCUUCACGUACUCCACGCGGCCGAGGCCGAGGCGCAGACGGCCCUUGCUCGUCUUGCGGCCGAGCUCGCGCAAGUGCACGGACCGCGUGCAGAGCUGCGCGACCGUCUCAGCUCGACUCGGCGGCUCCCCCUGCGCCGCUCAGACUCGACCAAAUUCUGGAGCCUCGAGUCGCACAUCGGGAACCUCCUCGCGCAGCAGUUCUACGCCAAGCUCCUCGUCAAGCACUACGACCUCCUGCGCGACCUGUGCGACCACGCCGAGGCGGCUGCGUCGAGGCCGUCGUCGUCAAGUGGUCGUUCGACCCGCCCGCCGUCGUUCGAGGACGAGCCGAGCAAUCCGGCGCCGCCGUACCAGCGUGACGCGUCCGCGCGAGCGAGCACGAGUCGCAGGUCGUCGGCGUCGUCCUCAAGCCGCGGCGUCCGGUCGAGCGCUCGGCGCAGCAUGCACAGUCUCGGCGCGUCCUCGGCGUACUGGCCUCGUCGUCGGUGA